AUCUUCGCCUACGGCACUUACGCGGAUUACCUGGCUGAAGCAGCAAACCUCCCUCCCUUGACGGAGGCUCAGAAGAAUAAACUGAGGCACCUGUCUGUUGUCACUCUGGCUGCCAAGAUCAAGUGCAUCCCCUACUCAGUGCUGCUGGAGCAGCUACAGCUGAAGAAUGUCCGGCAGCUGGAGGACCUAGUGAUUGAGGCUGUGUAUGCAGAUGUGCUGCGAGGGAGCUUGGAUCAGCGGAACCAGCGCCUGGAGGUGGAUUACAGCAUUGGGAGGGACAUCCGGAGGGAGGAGCUAAGCACCAUCACCCGCACAUUGCAGGAGUGGUGCCAGGGUUGCGAAGUUGUCCUGUCGGGCAUCGAAGAACAGGUCAGCCGAGCCAACCAGCACAAGGAGCAACAGCUAGCCCUGAAGCAGCAGAUAGAGAGUGAGGUGGCAAACCUGAAGAAGACCAUUAAAGUGACAACAGCAGCUGCUGCAGCAGCCACAUCCCAGGACCCAGAGCAGCACCUGACAGAGCUCAGGGAGCCAGCCCCAGGCACCAACCAGCGCCAGGCGAGCAAGAAAACUUCCAAAGCCAAAGGGCUCCGGGGCAGCGCGAAGAUUUGGUCUAAAUCAAACUAGUUGGAUCUCCCUUCACAACUGGGAGGGUGAGAGGAAGAGAUUUGGGGGAUGGAGGGGUAGCAAGGGUCCCAAGCGUGAUGCUCUUCUCUGAGAUCCAUCUUGCCAGCUACUCAUUUGCAUGUUUGUUUUCUUUCCUAUUUGCUUUACUAGCUCUACAGGCAGUGUCUCCCUCCUUUUCAUCACAGCAUUUCACACUCUGAGCUGCCAGUUGAACACAUUUCUGUCUCCCCAACCUCUCCAGCCCAAGUCCCCAGGGCCACGUGUUUCUUUCUUUCUCUCCCUGGCUUUUGACAGGUCAAUUUCAAGAGCCAUAAAGGUGUGUCAGUCACCUUGGCACCCACAGGGCAUCACAGAAGCUUGGGAAGAGGGUGCUGGUGCUCAGCAAUCACUUUGGCUCUAUGAAACCCGUGGGAUACUUUGCUCCAGGAUGCAGCUGCCAUCUUUGAUUGUUUAAUCUUUGUUUUGCUAGGUGGGAGGGUAGUUUUUGAAGGGAUUCUUUUAAAAUAUAUAUAA